UAGAAAUGAACGGCGAUCAUUCAUAAUAGUCCGUCAUUAGACUAUCUUGUUCCUUACCGUCAUGGUAAAGAAAGACUAAGGAAAUUUUCUUCGAAAGAAAACGUUCACUAAAUCGAUUUUUAAAAAUAGUGGCCGAUUAAUCGGUUAUCAGUUUUUCCACCACCUUAGUUAUCGUAUAGGCAAAAUCCAAUAUCGGUAGACCUCUAAUUUCCAUUACUGUAUUAUGAUAAUAAUAAUAAUGAUAUUUUCACAUUAGAGUGUAUAGUGAGAAUUUGGUACACUGAAACCCCUAAUAACUUGACUUUACUAAACUGAGUAAACUUGUUCCCUUAAUUGAAUUGAGUAAUGGCGUCUCCAAAACUUGUGUAAUUAAGUUCACUUAGUGUUCAUAUAGAAUUAACAGUAAGUGUUAAAGUUAAGGUAACUAGAUGCAAGUAGACUUAACUCAGAUUUGCUAUUUAAAUAUUGUUUUAUUUAAUAGUGAACUGAUUCAAAUUUAGAUUCUACAAUAACACAGCUCAAAUAAAGAAGAUUAUAACUGAUUCUAAGUCAGUCAUUAAACUUAAUUCUCCUUAGAAAUGCAUAUAUACCUGUACUUCAGUCGCAAGGUGAACUGAUAUAGAAAUAACAGGGUCCAAAUUGACCAAAGGGUACACAGAUCAUCCUAAUGGUGUCAUCACACGAAACAACUAUUUGCGACAAAACAACAUAAAUAAUACUACAAAAGAGCUACAACCUCUAUGAAUUCUUAACUAUUUAAAUGCGCCCAUAAGUUCCCUUUGACCGAGGAAACAUAAUUAAAACAUUCAAGUGCAAGGGAUUAUGGGUAUUCCCAACUGCCUCAAUUUUGUACUCAAUCAUUUGAGUUAUCACUUAAGAUCUUAAGUCUAGAACAUAGAUAUUUGAGUUCUGAGUCCAAAACUUGACAUUUAAAUUACUGUUUAAUUAAGACCGCUUUUUCCAGUAAUGACAACAUUGGGGUUUACAGUUUAGGAAAAUGUGCUUACUGGUAAUUGACAGGAAAAUAAUGUCACAAUGCAUACAAUUUUAAUUGUCGUAAAAAUAAGUCUUCAUUUUCUGAAUGCAAAAUAUAGGGUGAAAUAUGACCCAGACAUGUCUUGUUGAGAUUUUCCCAAACUAAACAUGCAAAAUCAUGCUAACGUAAACAAAAGGUUUUCAAUUAAUGUAAUUGUAUUGUUUGAUUCUCCCCUGUUCAGUCGUAUGCCCAAGUGUAAAAUAUCUUGCGUGUAAUCAUUUUUAAUGGGGCUGUUGCAGAGUCCCAAGUUAAAUUAAGCAGGCACCUCCGGAGAUCAUUUACCAACCACACCUGGGUUUGUGUUGUCCAUGUACAUGCUUACAGCUAGAUUAUUUGCAUGUGAGCAAACAUUACGUCCAGUCUGGGGGGAAUUACUGCCAUAUGCAAAGAUCUGAAAUUCUCCAAGUCUUGCUUAGUUUACAGCUUCAUCAGAAUCAUGGACAACUCCACAAAGUGCUGCGCUUUCGACGCACCCAUCUUGGACCAAGUCCUACCGCCGAUUCUGUUCACGGAAUUCAUUUUUGGCCUAAUGGGAAACUUCCUCGCCCUCUCGAUGUUCUUCUUCCAUAUGGACAGCUGGAAGCCCAAUUCUGUUUACCUCGCUCACCUGGCUGUGGCAGACUCGGUGGUCCUUUUCUGCCUGCCGUUCAGGGCCGACUACUACCGUAGGGGCAAGGACUGGAUCUAUGGAGAUGCUUUUUGCCGCAUUUUACUGUUUCUCUUGGCUGCCAACAGGGCUGCGGGCAUAUUCUUCCUAACUGCCGUUGCCGUGGACCGUUACCUGAAGAUCGUACACCCCCUCAACCGCAUCAACCGAGUGGGUCUGCGCUACGCCCUCUGGGUCUCUCUUCUUCUAUGGGGUCUUAUCAUAGCCAUGACCGUCUACCUUCUAACAGACAAACAUUUCUACUUUCAAAACAACCGCACCCAGUGUGAGAGCUUUAAUAUUUGCAUGGGGCAUAAUUCACUGUCGGACUGGCACAAUGCAUUCUAUGUAAUCCAAUUCUUUUUGCCAACAGGCAUUGUUAUCUAUUGCACUACUUGUAUUACAUGGCAGUUGAAGAGUAAGACCGUGGACACUCAGGGAAAAAUCAAGAGGGCCGUCAAGUUUGUCUUGGCAGUGGCGCUGGUUUUUAUUGUUUGUUUCUUCCCCAGUAACGUCUCUCGUAUCGCCGUGUGGAUUCUGAAGGCCUGGUAUAGCGAGUGCCACUAUUUCCGUGAUGCAAAUGUGGCUUUUUACACUACCGUCUGCUUUACCUACUUCAACAGUGUGCUAAACCCCCUUGUUUAUUAUUUUUCAAGCCCUGCGUUCAGUGGGACUUUCAGGAAACUUUAUAUGAAACUUCUAGGAAAGAAAAUGGAUGAGGAAGAUGCUGAGAAGAAUCAUAGUUCUGUUACAGUAACUAGUGUCUCAGACAUGUAGACAAGUGAAGUCAUUAUAUAAUAUAUUUUAAGCAUUAAGAUGUAAAUCAUAGCUGUCAAUGCAUAUUGAUAUAUAUAACACUUCUAUUUGUGACCUCUUGAAGUAACCUUAAACAAACUGAAUUACAAAAAGCAGUAAGUCUCAUUACAAAAGGCUACUAAUCAGCAUGCUUUGGUUUUAUAUAUUUAUCUAUACUCUUAUUUAAAGCACUGUUGCGAUACAUUUCCAAAAUUAAUGGCCUAUAUUGCCCUGUCUGUUUGGAUUGGAGUACCAACUUCAGAGCUCCAUAAAUAAUGAUUGCAUUUGUGUUGCCUUUUCAGUAAAAAUAACUAUUUGCAAUAACCCCAAAAAUCUUGGAACCUCCACAGAUCUACUAACACUAAGUUAAUAAAUGUCUUCAAUAGUC